AAGCAGUAAUCCCAUCCCAGUAUUCUAAAAGACAAAGCGCGGAGAAGAAAACAGCCGACCAGGCCCUUGUUCAAUCAUUACUGGAUUCGCCGAAGCAGUUACUGCCUUUGAAGCAGUUCCUCUGAGAGAAGUUAUCGAACAAAUUUGACGACAGUGAAUUGAUAUUAUCAGCUUGUAACUUCCAGACCAUGUCAUUUACAGUAGAAGUUCUGCGCGAGGAAGCUGCCAAGUGCCAGAGGAAGACAUUGCUCAAGUAUAAAAUAGCCUUGGAAAAGUCAUAUGGGUUGGACGAAUUGCUUCAUGGUGUUUGUUUAGUUCUGUUCCCUAAACCAAGUGAAUAUGAUGCUCGGAGAGAUUUGGUCCGCAUAAUUAAUGAAAUUGUCAAGGAAAUUUAUGGUUGCUCUGGUGAUUUUCCUUGUGUUGUGGAGUUUGGGUCUUUCACAAUGGAUCUGUUUGAAGCAAAAAGUGACCUAGAUCUAUCUGUUAAUUUUAGAAAGGUUGACAUCACGCGUGCCAGGAAGAUUCAGACUCUCAAGAAGCUUGCAAAGAAGCUUUAUAUACUUCAGCGUAGUGGACAUGUUUAUGGUGUGAACCCAAUUACCCGUGCUAUUGUGCCUGUUCUGAAAGUUGUUGAUAGUGGAACUGGGAUUGAGUGUGAUAUAUCAGUUGGAAACCGUGAUGGAAUUUUGAAAUCCAAGAUACUCUACUUCAUUUCUCUCAUUGAUGAAAGGUUUCGCAAACUAUGCUAUUUGAUGAAAGCAUGGGCUAAAGCACAUAACAUUAAUAGUGCAAGGGACAAAACCUUGAACUCAUUAAGUAUAAUACUUCUGGUGGCAUUUCACCUGCAGACUCGUAAUCAUCCAAUACUGCCACCAUUUUCUGCAAUUCUUACAGAUGGUUGUGAUACUGAAGCUGUGUCAAACUCAAUACAUAAGUUUAAUAAUUAUGGACAAAACAAUACAGAAUCAGUGGCUGAGCUGUUUGUGACGUUAUUACUUAUGUUAUCAUCAGUCGAUGAACUUUGGUUCCAAGGUCUGUGUGUCAGCACUUACGAGGGAUCUUGGAUAUCUAAGACUUGGGAUAAUAAAGUUGGCUGCAUCAAAGUAGAGGAUUUCACUGACCGAUCCCAAAAUGUUGCAAGGGCAGUAGGAGAGAGUGAAAUGAAAAGAAUAAAUGAAUGCGUUAACCUUUCUAUUGAGCGCAUUUCUGAUUUUUUGAGUUGCCGGAUGGAAGGGUAUGCAUUAAGAGAAUUUUUGUUUGGCAAGGAUGUGGCCAUAUCAGUAAGCGGAGUUACUGUGAAUUGCAAUGCAAAUGUCGCAAAAUCUAAUGCACCUCUUGGAUUGACUACCUGGAGAGAGGUCAAUGAUACUAUGGGUGGUCACAAAGCACCUCGACAAACGAGAAAUGUUGAGCAUAGGGGUCAAUCAGCAUCGCCUAGUCCAUAUCACACCGCCUUGGGAAAGAGGACGAGGACUGAUGGACCUACCAACACAAAAAGGAUGAGAAAUACCGGUGAUUUUGGGCAAAUGCAUUAUAGCGAGACUGCUAGAGCCCCAUAUCCACCUAUUCCAAUUGCUCAUCCUACUUAUGCAUCUAACGCAGGUAACUGGCUGUCUUCUGACUAUGUUAGGGAGAGUGUUAUAGCCACACCAUUGGUGCAUACUCCAAUGGUAUACCACCCAGGUCAUCCUCAUGACCAACUUCAAAGGACUUUUAGACCUCCAAAUUUCCCUACUCCAAGUGUUUAUCCUACUUUUCCACCUAUAACAAACCAGAUGUUUCCCGGCCAUCCUAGUCAGACUUUAAGAGUAGCAAAUUUGCCAUCUGCUUCUGAUCUGUUACCAUAUCCCCUUGCUGGUCCAAAUUGUUUUAAUUUGUAGCACCAAACUCUACCAUAAGAUGUUUAGUUUCAAAUCAUGCCAAUAGAAAAUAUAUCAUCCAAUAUUGUAACCAUCAUAGUCUCUGCCUUGGACAAUCAUAGCAAAAAUGUUAAUAUGGCCCCUAACUUGUGCUUAUUCUGUCAAUUUUGUCCAAUGCUAUUUUUUUUUUUUUUUUUUUUUGGUAAAAAAUUCAGUAUAAAAAUCAUUAGCUUUUCAAGUUAAUGAAAUCUUGGCAGAAAGAAAAAAAGCAAAAUUGACAGACAGCAUAAAGUAGGGGACAGAUUGAGAGUUUUGCCAUUGUAAAUUAAGACAUCUAUUUAGCAUUGUUCGCUUUAGAGUAUGUGUUUUUGUUUUUAUCGAACAAUGGCAAGUGCAAUAAAAAAUCUUGUAGUUACCUGUACUCAAUAGGUGAGGCCAGCCAGGUACAGUUCAUUUCUAAAAACAUUGUUUCUGAAAAUGUCUGUAUAGUAUGUCCACCUUUGAGGGGUCAUUUUGCAAUGCUGUGUUUAGCCAUUUUCUUAUUAAACAUGCCAGUUUGGUGUUGUAAUUGAACUUGAAAUGGUCUUUUUGUUAGCUUCUGAAUCUACAGAACUUGUUUGAUGCAACAAGGACUCUGAUAAACAGACAUAAGACAUCUCACCUGAGAGUCCAAUUCAAUUUGAAGUCAUAUCAUAUUGCUAAA